AUGACCGAAGGCUAAAAAAAAAAAAUAGAAUUUUUAACAGAAGCUCUUUUAGAAUUGAAUGUUAUGGAGUCUAGAUACUUACAUUUUGUUUUAAAAGACAAAAUUUUAAAAACUACUUAGACUUCACCUUUAAAAAUAAAUAUAGAUUGGCCUUAAAUGAAAUAAUUAGAAGAUGGAACUUGGCCUCCUGCUAAUCCUAACUGGUUUUUAUAAUAAGAAGCUAUUGCUAAACUAUGGCCUUCAGGAUAAGCUGGUUUAGCUUAACUUUUCGGAGGAAUGUCGGGUGGAGGAAGUGGUAGUGGAAAUGGAGAAUAAGGAGCCGUUUAAUAAAAUUAAGCAGCCCAGUAAGGCGAAUAAAACAAAGGUAGUAAGAAAGAAGAACCAGCAGCAGCUAAAGAAAAAUAAAAUUAUGAUGUGGAAUUAACUGCCAUAGAUGCAGCUUAAAAAAUAAAAAUAAUCAAAGAAGUAAGAACAGUCCUUAAUUUGGGACUAAAAGAAGCAAAAGAAAUGGUAGAAAAAGCUCCUGUAAUAUUAAAAAAAGAACUUAAAAAAGCAGAAGCAGAAGAAUUAAGAGAUAAGCUAAUUAAUAUCGGAUGUACUAUUAAUUUGCUUUGAAAAUAGAAAAAUAAAAUAUUUUAUACUUACAUUUAUUUGUUUGUUUUUUUUAUUUUUUGUUAAAAUAAAAAUAAUAAUAAAUAUUUAUU